CGCCCGGGUAGGUGGGGAUGGACAGGGGGAAAAUGAAAAAAGAGAAGGGAAAGGAAGUCGAGAAAAUUAAGGGAAGAGGACGAGAAGAGAAAAAGAAGGAGGUAGACAUUAAAUUCAAGGAGAAGGAAAAGAAGGGGAAGGAGAAAAGCCGGGAGGUGAUCGUGAUUAAGAGGAAGGAAGAUGAGAGGAGGAAGGAGCCAGUGAAGACCAUGGAGAAAGCGAAGGAACAAUUUAAAGGCAAGCAAGAGAAGAACAACGACGGGGACACCUUGCUCACUACCCUGCCCCCGCCGCCGGCUCCGGAGGAGAAAAAUAAGAUCCUCGUACUCGGCCUGGAUGGAGCAGGAAAAACCAGCCUCCUCUACUCUCUAGCGUCCCACAAAAUCCAGCAGAGUGUCACACCCACCCAGGGUUUCAAUGAAGUUUGCAUUACCAUUGACAACAACCAAAUGAAGUUCCUGGAAAUUGGUGGUAGUGAACCUUACCGUUCCCAGUGGGAAAUGCACCUGUCCAAGGGAUUGCUGCUCAUCUUUGUGGUAGAUUCAGCAGAUCAUAACCGAUUAGGAGAAGCUAAGAAAUAUCUUCAUCAACUAAUCAAAGCAAACCCAGUCCUGCCUCUGGUUGUGUUUGCACACAAACAGGACCUUGAAGCAGCUUAUCGUAUCACAGAUAUCCAUGAUGCUUUGGAAUUAUCUCAGGUAGGAAAUAACAGGAAACUGUUCUUGUUUGGAAGUCAAGUAACUGAGUGUGGCUCAGACAUACCGUCCACUUUACAAGAUGCUAAAGACCUGAUCGCACAUCUGGCUGCAAAUUAUCAGUGACCAGGACCAGGCCACUGUGUAGUUCAUCGUCUAGCUCAUCCUGACAAAAUGUUGCAUGUAGACCCGUUGCCAAAGGUUUCCACUUUCAAAUAAA